ACAAAAGAUGGAUUCAUAAGAUCGAUCACAUGUUAUUCCAAUAUCCUGUUAAGCUGCGUUCAAGGACCCUGUAGUUCUCUGAUGGAAUCUGAAGUACAUGUACUUCUUUAGUACUACAUUUGAGUACAAUUUUGAGAUUAUUGUGCUUAUUAUUUUCAUUUUGUGUUACUCCAUAUUUCCACUACAUGCUGGAGGCAGGUAAUGUACUUUCACUCAAAUAACACUCUUGAGAACAUUUUAAAUAACUGAAUGUGAUACAACAAAUCAAACUGCACACAUGAUGUUAACUCACUGACAGUGAUAUUAGUUACAUUUCAGACCAGAAACAUACAUUCAAAACAUAUAAUCAUCUCAGAAAAUGUUUGUUAUAAACUACAUAACAUUAUGGAGGACUGAAACUGAAAAUUUCUGUUCUGAUGAUCUCUUUUCUGUUUUUAUUCACCUAAUUUUACUAAGUCAACUAUUUACCUAAUCCCUGUAUCAUAUCAUCAGAACCAGCAAAAGAAAAAUGCUGCAUACAAAUAAGAGACAAGACCAAAAACCUACAUACAACACAUGUCAUCGUCUCAUCAAAUGUGUAAUAAUGUGACAUUAAAUCACAUUAAAUGCACCAAACAUCCUUUCUGCCCCUGUAUUUAUACUCAUUUGUAUGAAUCCCACAGUUAUCUAGUAGAAUUAUCAUCACCAUGACCAAGAAAAGUGAUAAUAUUUAACUGAUAAUGUAAUAAAAAAGACCUUUUUUCUGCACAACUCUCACUUUUGAUGCUUUAAGUACUUUCUACUACUACAUAUGUACUUUUACUUGAACAAUAUUGUAAAUACAAGAUUUAUUUUUACUUGUAUUAAAGAAUUUUAACAGUGUGGUAUUGCUUCUUUUACCAAACAAAGGAUCUAGAUAUUAUUUGAGAUGAUAAUCGUAGUUUACUCUCUUUUCUACAAUUCAAACAUGGUGUAAAUGAGCUUCGUAGUAAUAGAAAGCUCAUGUGUCCGGGCCUCCAUACGUGAACAUUAAGAUUUGCGGUGUCUUGGGAUGAAAAGCAGAUUCAUUAGAUGUCUAAAUCAUCUGGAGCGUCUCUUUGAAUCGAUUUUGAGGGCGGAAGAAGUUUACUAAUCCGUGAAGCGGCUCAACAUCCGCUCGUCUCUACUCAACUUCCUGUGAAAACAAGACCACGUGUGGGGACUGAAUGAAUGAGCUGCCGUCAGUGCCUCCACACGCACUUUCUUCAGCAUUAAAAGCUAAAUUUGUGGGUCUCGGACCGUUUUUUCUGUCCGUUUUGAUUGCGAAGCCAGCGGAAGCCAUUUUAAGAGACGAGAACUCACCAUGAGUUUUGUUGAGUACUCCGACUUCAUUCAGGACGGGGACGUCGCCAUCAUCUACCUGGGUCACGACUCCUUGAUGCCCGUCAAGGUGCAGCAGGGCGCCCAAACACAGACACGCUACGGAGUCAUUCGCCACUCCACGGACCUGAUCGGUCAGCGUUACGGGUCGAAGGUCACCUGCAGCAAGGGUGGGUGGGUCCACGUGCUCCACCCGACACCUGAGCUGUGGACGGUCAGCCUGCCGCACCGCACACAGAUCCUCUACACCACCGACAUCGCCACCAUCACCAUGAUGCUGGAGCUGAAGCCGGGAUCCGUCGUCUGCGAGUCAGGGACCGGCAGCGGCUCGCUCUCCCACGCCAUCCUGCGCACCAUCGCCCCCACGGGUCACCUCCACACGGUGGAGUUCCACCAGCAGCGGGCGGAGAAGGUGGCGGAGGAGUUCAAGGAGCACCGCGUGGAUCACCUGGUCACCGUCAGGAACCAGGACGUGUGCCAGGACGGGUUCGGAGUGAGCGGGGUGGCAGACGCCGUCUUCCUGGACAUCCCCUGCCCCUGGGACGCCGUGAGGCACGCCAAGACCGCCAUGAAGAGACAAGGCGGUCGGGUCUGUUCGUUCUCUCCGUGCAUCGAGCAGGUCCAGAGGACGUGCGAGGCUCUGGCGGAUCAGGGCUUCGAGGAGAUCAGCACCGUGGAGGUCCUGCUGAGAGUCCACGACGUGAGAACCGUCUCCCUGCCGCUGCCAGACUUCGGCCCCGACCCCUCUGCUCAGACGGAGCCCGACGCCGCUGAGAAAACAGGUCCGGUCCAGACCUCCGUCAGCCUGAAGACCACCACCCCGCCCAGAGAGAUCCCAGGCCACACAGGGUACCUCACCUUCGCCACCAAACCCAGAACCUAGAGCUCACAGUUAUUUAUUUCCACCAGCAGUUUAACAGGAUGUGGUUUAUAAUCUGCUUCCUCGCCGCGGUGUGUUCUCCGUGUACAUUAAUAAGACUGUGAUAAUCCAGCGGGGGUACCAGGUUCCUCCAGGUCCCGGUUGGCACUGCAGCACCAAGAGGAUUUACAGGCUUGUGUUACAUAAUUUUGAGCUCCUGUCACUUGGCACCGGUUCGUUGCUUGCAUCAAGCAAGAGUGAAAAAUCAAGUAAACAGUGAUUUCAAUUGAGAAUAAUGGGAUUUAUAACCGACACGAUGCCUCCCCUUUUAUAAAAAAAUCACUUUUAUUAAACGUUUUCAUCUGUUUGGGGGGAAGAAAUGUUUUAUUUUUCCAAUUUUUUUGCACUUUUGUAUUCGGGUAAAAUACAAUAAAUGUGUGGAAUGAU